CAAUUGGUUGAUCAUCUCUCUCUCUCUCUCUCUCUCUCUCUCUCUCUCUCUCUGGAAAAUAGGAAAAGGAGGAGAGUUCGUUACAUCGACGUGAUUCAGAUGUCCACGCGUAUAUCUCUCACUCCCCUCUCUCUCUUCUUCGCUCGAAAUUAAUCACCGUUGGCGGUGGCGGUGGCGUUGCGGUGGUUGGUUGACUCUUACGCCUCUGUUUUUGCUGUGGUGGAUAAUGGCGUAUAGAAGAAGGCAUGGAAUAACGAGGGCGUCAACUUUCAAAGAGGAGAUUCAUCACCAACCAGAUCAUGACAACAACAACAACGACUCAUCUUCGAAUCCAUCAUCUUCAUCAUCUCUGGCCGCUCAGGCCAUCAGAGCCUCCGCCGCCCAUCGUGAUUCCUCCUCUCUCUCCUCCGCUUACGCCCACUCUUCUUUCCACUCCUCUUUCCACCAUAGAUCCAAGGACGUUUCUACAAAUGAGUACACAUCGCUGCAAAGUUUACAUGAAACUAAAGGAUUUUGGGGUGUUCUAGCUCAGAAAGCUAAAGCAAUCCUCGAGGAGGAUAAUAUCUCCCAACAAUUCGAAGAACCUACUGGAGUGAGGACACAGAUGCCUGAUGCUGCAGGUGGCCAGUUCUAUGAGCCAUAUCAGUCACUUGAGAGCUCAAGGAAAGUGGACAAUCCUAGAUUGAGGAAGGGAUUGGAUGCACUCACAUCUUCCCUAAAUCACAUUGGUGACACCAUUGGAAAUGCAUUGGAGGAAGGACGAUCAAUAGUGGAGCAUAAAACUGCAGACAUCAUCCAAGAAACCCGGAAACUGCAAAAUAGGAGAAAAGGAAGCAGUUCAGAGGAGCAGAAUCAAAUCCAUGGAGCAUAUAAUCCAUGGAACCAACCUUCAGUGCAAUCUUCUGAACCACAGAUGCAAACCAACCAAGAGACUCAGCUCAAGGCAUCUCGCGAUGUGGCAAUGGCAACAGCUGCCAAAGCAAAACUCCUUCUGCGUGAGCUAAAAACUGUUAAAGCCGAUCUGGCAUUUGCUAAGGAGCGAUGUUCUCAGCUGGAAGAAGAAAAUAGAAUCCUUAGAGAGGCUCGUGACAAGGGAGACUAUCCAGCAGAUGACGAUAUGAUACGCCUUCAACUUGAGACCCUUUUGGCUGAGAAGGCUCGUUUGGCACAUGAGAACUCUGUAUACGCUCGUGAGAACCGCUUCUUGAGGGAAAUUGUGGAAUACCACCAACUUACCAUGCAGGACGUUGUGUAUUUAGACGAGGGAAUUGAGGAGGUUACAGAAGUUUAUCCCAUCCCUGCAGUCUCCAGGAUGCUUUCUGUUUCCCCACCCUCGCCUGCGUCCCCUCGCUCACCUGCUGAGAUUCCCCAAAUUAUUACCCCUUCAUUGAAGAAGCAAACAAGUUCUGCACCCAACCAACCACAUGCGACCACAGAUGUCCAUCAGAUUGAGGCACCACCGAGUCCUGAUAGUCUAAUGGAUGGUCCUCGGACUGAGGCACAACCGAUUUCCAGCAGUCUAAUUUCCACUGCACAUGAUUCAACAAGGCAUGCAGAUGCUUCCUCCUAGAAAAUUUAUUCGAAAUUACUUUUUGUCCAAGGUUUGUGUAAAAUUCGUGCAUUUUUUUUUAUUAAAUUGCUUUCUUUCCUGUAUUGGGGAGAAGUUGGAGAGAAGGGGAGAGGAAGAGAUUUUUUUUUUAUUAAAUUUAUUCUUUCUUUUAUUCUUUAUGUAACUGUGUAUCUUAGAAUCUUGGUUUUGUUAUUACACAAAAACAUGAAGCCCAUUUCCUUAAUGAUAAUCGCAGUUGUCCUA